AGACGUCGCCUGCGAGGCUACUUGGUUGCCAUGGCGACUGGAUGUAAACAUCGCGCCUGUCUGAGGUCUCGCGCUGCGGCCGUGCUACGUCCCAGCUGUAAACAUGUCGGAAAUGACCGCUUUGACCAGAAAGCUGAUCCAAACUCAGGCUGAUACCAUCUCGAAACAAGUGGACCACUUCAGUAAAACAGAGGUUAAGUGUCUCAUCCGACACUAUAACCAGCUGCUGGGGCAGCCGGCUGUCCCUGGAAGAGCAGUUAGCGGCCUGGACAGAGGGAAGUUCAGGAGCAUCCUGCACAACAUCUUCAGGAUGACCGAUGACAUGAUCAUGGAUGGAGUCUUCAAGACAUUUGACAAAGACAAUGAUGGCUACGUCAGUAUGAAAGAAUGGAUCCAGGGACUGUCUGUUUUCCUUCGAGGGACCUUGGAUGAAAAAAUCAAAUACUGCUUUCACGUCUAUGACUUCAACGGUGACAACUACAUCUCCAGAGAGGAGAUGUUUCGCAUGCUGAAGAACAGCCUGAUCAGUAAGCCCACAGAGGAGGACCCAGACGAAGGAAUCAAAGACCUGGUGGAGAUCACACUCAAGAUGAUGGACCACGACCAUGAUGGCAGACUAUCUUUUGCUGACUUUGAAAAGGCAGUGAAAGAGGAGAAUCUGUUACUUGAGGCUUUUGGAAACUGCCUCCCUGACGCCACGAGCGUUGAGAAAUUUGAGCACGACGUAUUGCAGGAACAACUGGAACAAUGAAGAAAGCAUAUUCUUGUGUGUUUUCAGCUGUUGUUUUUAAUAAAAAAAAAAGUUAAAACAA